GACUCCCUCAGUGGAUUUCGGGUUGUUCCUGAGCGGGAUGGAUGAGGUGCGUCGUCUCUCGGUGUCGUCUCCAGCGUUCCUGACGGCCUCUGAGCUGGUAACCCAAUGGGCCUGGUAUUGGGAACUGGCGGAGGACACGUGGAGGGAGUACCGACCCACGAAAGAGAACCCAAAGAGCACAUCCAUAACGAGUGAGAAACUGGAGCAGAAACUGCAGGAAGGAGUGCAGUCCUUCAACUUCGCCAGCGGGGAGAAUGUCUACACACUCAACUUCAUAGAGUUCAUCCAGACCAAUAUGGCCAGUGGUAUGAUGAGGCUGGUCAGGAGGCGUCCCGUGUUCUUCUCUCAUGCAGACGUGCAAAAAGUCUCUGAGAAAUAUGCCAAAAGGUUGCAGCCUAACUUCCUGAGCUCCAUUCCGGAACACUGGGACCGCUCCUUACUUCCUGGUACAGGGUACGAGAGAGUCCAGUUGCCCGCCACAUCCCCGGAGUACAAGAGAGUACUGCACCGCUUCAACAGCACCAUGGGGGGCAUGGAGAAGAAAGGUGCCGACAAAAUGGCAGGAGGAGUGAGAAGAGUGAAGAGCAUGGAGAGAAUACAGAACCUCAAGCUCUGGCGGUUCUUCAUGCUCCAGAGGAAUCAGAUGAAGAACGAGGCUGGGGGGGAGGUGUGUGUGAAACAGCUGUUCCACGGGGCCAAGGCGGAGUACAUAGACACCAUCUGCCACAUGAACAUCGACUGGCGCGUCAACGGCCUGCAGGACACGCGCUUCGGGACAGGCAGCUACUUUUAUUGUGACGCCUCAUGCGCUCACAAGUACACGGAUCAACAUGAAGUGGUGCGCUUCCUCUUCCUCUGCCAGGUGCUGGUGGGGGAUGCCGCUCUCGGACGGGCCGUCUUCAGCACGCCGCCCUUUAAGGAUGACAGGAAGACGUCCUCCUACGACAGCUGCGUGGACGACGAGGCGCGGCCCAGCCUCUACGUGCUCUUCGAGAGGAACCAGGUCUACCCGGAGUACCUCAUCCAGUACACCAGUACUGAGAACGACAAACAGCAACCAGCCACACCAACAACACCUGUACCAGUAAUACCGGCACCGGCCAUACCGGCAACACCUGCUCCGGCACCAGCUCUGGCACCGGCACCGCCAGCUCCAGCUCCAGUGGCCCAGCCUGUCUAUGAACGGCUCACCAUAAUGCGCCAACCGGGACCGUACAUACCUCCUGCCCCAGCUGUAGAACCCAAGCCCAUAUGUGACUGCGACUGUGACUGGGAUAUCUGUGACUGUGAUGGCUGUGACUGUUGUGACGAUUGUGACUCAUGUGAUUGCUUUGGCUUUUGAUGACACAGUAAAUCUGCACUUCCAACACUGGCUUCAGCUUUGGCACCGGCUGCCCAUCUAUGAAAGACUCACUAUAAACUGCCAACCGGGGCUAUACAUUCCCCUCCCCCUCUUCUCCACAGCAGCACAGAAAAUGUGACUGCGACUGUGGCAUCUGUGAUUGUGAUGGCUGUGAUUGUCACCGUUGUGGCGAGUGUGACUAUUGUGAUUGCUUUGGUGGCACUUUGAUGUUUUGAUGCACUUCCAACACUGGCUUCAGCGCUGAAAAGGUGAUUGAUUGCUUUGAUGACACAGUAAACUAUACACUUCCAACAGUGGCUUCAGCACCAGCAGUUGAUUUUGUGCUGCCAGUCUAUGAAAGUCUCACCAUAAUCUGCCAACUGGCGCCGUUGUACCUCCUCGACCACCACCUCCACCGCAGUAACGCAGAAGAUGUGAUUGCGACUGUGACAUCUGUGAUUGUGAUGGCUGUGAUUGUCACCGUUGUGGCGAGUGUGACUAUUGUGAUUGCUUUGGUGACACUUUGAUGUUUUGAUGAAACUAUGCACUUCCAACACCGGCUUCAGCUUUGGCUCCAGCACCUGCAGCUGAUUUGGUGCUGCCCGCAGGGUUGCCAGAUGAGGCUGAGGAUUUCCAGCCCAAAAAAUGCUCAAAACCCGCCUAGAAGCACAAAAUCCCGCCCAAUUCUAUUGAUUUCCAUGGCAAAAAGUGGGCGGGUUUUUCUGCUAAAUGCCAUUUUUACCCGCACACUGCCAUCCUAAGCAGCCUAAUUGGGCGGGAACCAGCCCAAUCUGGCAACACUGGCUGCCCGUCUAUGAAAGACUCACCAUGAACCGCCAUACCUCCUCCCUCCCCCGUCUCCACCCAAGCGCAGAAAAUGUGACUGUGAUAUCUGUGAUGACUGUGACUCAUGUGAUUUUCUUAGCUUUUGAUGACACAGUGAUACAUUGCUGCCGUGAUUUCUUCCCACUUUUCAACACAGUCACAGAAGUUACAUCAUAAUGCAUAGCAAACGCUUUCACUCAAAGUGACUCAGUUACUUUAGGUAGACAUGCGACAGAGUUGCCACCACCGAUGCCAUUUUAUUAUAAUAGGCCUCAGCUGACACUGAACGUCACACAUGAUAGUGGAUCUGGAACCCACUUGAGAUGCGUUCAUUGACCCGUAAACACGAGGCAGUGUUUAAUAAGGAACGACAUUUUGAUACCACCAGGCCAAACUUCAUUUUCCUUAUAAAAAAGUUUGCACGGUACUCCAGAUUUUGUCUUCUUUAAGUUCUUGUUAUUCAUUCGGUGGCAUGAAGACAUUCCGGCCAGGCCUGGCUUUCCCAAACAGCUGCACUUUUUUUGGUUUUCAUAACAGUGUUAGAUUAUUACACUUGGCACUGGCAGACACUUUCACUCAAAGCGACUCAGUUACUUGAGAGGUACACAUGAGAGACAGAGUUGCUGGCAUUAUCUAUGCCAGGUUUAAUAUGUUAGCGGGCAAUCUCGCUGGUUUGUUAAGUUGCUGCUGGGUCUGAAUCGCCUGUACACAUUCUGCACCUCACAAAUGAGUGGCAGUUCUUGUCCGAGUGUCCGAAUGUGUGAAUGGUAAAUGGCCUGCAUUUAGAUAGCGCCUUUCCACUCCUUCAAGCACUCCAAGCGCUUUACAUUGUAUGCCUCACAUUCACCCACUCCAAGCGCUUUACAUUGUAUGCCUCACAUUCACCCAUUCACACAACAGUGGCAGUGGCUGCCACGUAGGGUACCACCCUGCCACCAGUAGCAACUUGGGGUUAAGUAUCUUGCUCAAGGACACAUCGAUGGGGUCAGGCAGAGCGGGGCUUGAACUUGCAACGUUCUGUCUGCCGAACAGGCUCCUCAACCACCUUUCUACACUGUGUGCAGAAUUAUUAGGCAAACUAUUUUUUUGAUCAUAUCUUGACCAAUAUUUCAAAACAGCCGCAUCCCUCUA